UUAUCAAGCAUUCGUUUUACGGUUUUGUAUAUAGACUGAUCAACGUCAGACACCCAUACAACACCUGUAUUUUAUACCUGUUUAACGUACAACAUGCCGGAACCAAGGAUGAAUCCGAUGUUCGCAGUCGUAGGAACAUUUGUCCAUUCGUCCGACAAAGAACCGUUAAUUACACUGCAGAAUCACUGUCUGGGAGUAGCCAAUGGGAAGAUACUAUUUCUUCAAAAGUGUGAUGCAAAUCUACAGACAACGUUAAGACAACACAAUAUAUCAGCGGAGAACGUCAUUUACCUGCAGGAAUGGCAGUUCAUGGUCCCAGGUUUUGUGGAUACCCAUAUCCAUGCGUCUCAGUACCCAAAUUGCGGGAAGGGCAUAGGCGAAGGGCUGUUGUCAUGGCUACAAAAAUAUACUUUUCCGGUGGAGGCCAAAUUUGCGGAUCUGGAAUUCGCCACUGAUACAUAUUCCAGGGUUAUCUCUCGAGUUAUAAAAAACGGCACAACGACCGCGUGCUACUUUGCAACCAUAGAUACUGAUGCAACGCUCAGACUUUGCGACAUAGUGGACAAUGCUGGCCAGCGUGCCUUGGUGGGUAAAGUCAAUAUGGACCAGAACUCCCCGGAAUUCUACAAGGAGGAGACAACUCAGUCUUAUCAAAAUACCAUCAGAUUCGUGAAGGAAGUUGCCAACAGAAAGUACAAGCUAGUGAAGCCGUGUAUAACACCCAGAUUUGCUGUUACCUGUGGCAUGGACCUGAUGAAGCAGCUAGGACAACUUGCACAGACACAUCACCUCCACGUACAGACACAUAUAUGCGAGACGAAGGAUGAGUGCAGUCUGGUGCAGAAACUGUUCCCGGAGAGUACAUCCUACACGGAUGUGUACGAACAGGCUGGUCUUCUUACACGGAAGACUAUCCUUGCUCAUGGAAUUUAUCUGUCAAAAGAGGAAAGGAAGAUAAUAAAGAGUCGGCAAUCAGGAAUAUCCCACUGUCCAAAUUCCAAUCUGACAAUCCGAAGUGGAUUACUCGAUGUCAAAGCCUGUUUUGAAGAUAACAUCGCUGUUGGUUUGGGUACCGAUAUUUCCGGUGGUUACAGUCCGUCCAUCUUGGAUGCCAUGAGAACCGCCAUCAGUACCUCCAACACUAUUGCUUUACAACAAGGCACAGACUACACGCCACUUGACUACAAAGAUGUGUUCCGAAUGGCAACACUAGGGGGCGCUAAAGUGCUGGACAUGGAUGAAGUAAUAGGUAACUUUGAGGUCGGGAAGGAAUUUGAUGCCCUUAUUAUUGACCCUAAGGCAGCAGGCAGCGUCAUUGAUGUCUUUGAGAAUGACACCGUGGAGGAUGUCAUACAGAAAUUCGUCUUCCUGGGUGACGACAGAAACAUAUUAAAUGUGUUUGUGGCCGGACGUGACCUGUCGGAGAAACCUUUCGUGGAGCCAUUGAUUAUUUCCUAACCACAACCGCCAUGCAUAUAAAAAAAAAGGUGAAAACCGGGUAUAAUGUCAUGUGAUACAUCGUAUGCCGGACUUUAAGAAAUUGGUAAAGAAUGAUACGCCGGACUAGUAAGAACUGGGUAAAACGUAAUACGUCGGACUUGUAAGAACUGGGUAUUGUGUUUUACACCGGACUUGUAAGUAAUGAGUAUAAUGUGAUAUGUCGGACUUGUAAGAACUGGGUAUAGUGUUAUACGCCGGACUUGUAAGAAAUGAGUAUAGUGUAUUACGUCGGACUUGUAAGAUCUGGGUAUAGUGUGAUAUGCCGGACUUGUAAGAACUCGGUAUAGGGUGAUUCGCCGGACUAGUAAGAACUGGGUAAAGCUUGAGACGACGGACUAAUGAGGAGCAAGUUAAGUCUGUAACGAUAAAUUAACAUGAUUUUACAUGGCAAAUGGUGUUUAGUAGACAUUAACUUCAUAACUGAGUGAAUGUUCGUGAAAUUCAAAUAUGUUUUAAAUAUAGUUCAAAACGAAGUUUU